CAUACUAGUCUGGGUUAAGAAAUGUCGACUGGUGCGCGGCUUUCACGCAACAUCCCGAACAACGGCAUUGCGGCAACCCUGAAACUGUACAGUUUUGUCAUCAAGCCACCACUUUGUGGCUGUGCAAGCAGAGCUCAAUUUCCCGGAUUCGAAUUCGGUGUCCAGUAAGAACCAGUCGACGCCAUGGCCAAGUCAAAAAAUCAUACCAACCACAACCAGAACAAGAAGGCUCACCGUAAUGGAAUCAAGAAGCCACAAGCCGGUCGUACACGGUCGCUGAAAGGGUGUCGAUGCCAAAUUCCGCCGCAACGCUCGCUUUGCUCUCGUUGGAGCGAAGGGCAUGGGCAGAACAAAAAGCUGCAGCAGCGUCGUGAUAUGCUCACUCCAGCUUUGGAGAUUGCCGCAAAACUAUAUGUCUGGUGGAAUGACACGAGCCAUGGGUCAGACGUGGGACAGUCAAGGGCCAGUUCAAUAUGUUAUGCGUAUGCAGAUGUUAUGCUUCUCGAUUCAAAACAAGAAAACUCAUCCAAAACAUCAUUCCUGUGUGAAGUGUUGCUAUCGCCUACACCCGUUCGUCGUGCGAACGACUUUUACACCAACAUACUAACAUAUGCAUACCAACCGCUUGAGUUUGGAGAGGUGAACCUGCUGCCCCCCAAGGUUGCUGAUGUCCUCCAGUGAUGUCGUUCUGAGGAUGAAUGGAUCCUCUUCAAGAAAAGACAAAACCACAGAGUUUUUAACGCUGUAUCGGAAUAUUC